AUGCCAUCGUAUAGCAGCGACGAGUUUAACGCAGACUGGCGAUAUGCUAUAACAGAAGAUUUUGUUUCCUCCGCCGAUCAACCUUACCAAUACGCUGACAAUGGCCAUUUGCAGUGGGGAAAUGAAGUUCAAAAGAUUACCUUUAACGGGACGGCGCAUCUUGCCUGUAUCAGUAAUGAUGGUAAGAGACUGGCUCUGGGAAUCAAGCACGACAUUCACGUCCUCGACACCGAAACUUGGGAGACUGUUGUUGUCCUCAAAGGGCAUGCCUCAGAGGUCAAUGCCAUCGCUUUCAAGCCAGAUGAUGCCAACGUACUGGUAUCGGGUGAAACCGAAGAAAGACAGAACAACGAGCUUUUAACUCCACCCAUAAUCAUCGUUUGGAAUAUAGAGGAAGAAUGCACAAAGGGUCCCCGUACAAAUGGUUCGUAUGGGGAUGCUAUUCACGCUGCAGCAACAGCCGCAGCUGAAGGUCUGAUCACGAUUGGAAUUCAUCUGGACCAAGACAAAAUACAAGAACUAAAGGCUGGCUUCCAACCCGUUGUUGAUCGUGUUGCCGCCAGAAAUACGGCGGCACAUCAUGCCACAAUCGAUGGGCGACUACAGGAGCACUUCCAGUCUAGAAUUUUCAGUCCAUCUGGCAAAUGGAUGGUUUGCCUGCCUGGAAAGUCACCUCGAGCAAACUCAAAAGUCCCAUGGCAUAUACAGAUUGUGUCAACCAACACUCUCGAGAAAAAGUUUACUCUUGAAGGUCAUACCGAUGCAAUCAUGUGGAUGGGGUGGAGUCCUGAUGAGACACUCUUCGGUUCUAUCUCAUGGGACCGCUCCAUUCGUAUCUGGGAUGCUUUCACAGGCGAUCAGAAGCACUGCUUCAUGACUGAAACCCAAAACUGGACAGGCGACUUUUCUCCGGACAUGAAAUACUUCAUGGCGACUGACGGGAAAGGCAACGUGAGAGUAUUUUCCCUGCCCUCAGGUGAGCUUUACUGGAUGUAUGAAGGGCGACGUGAGGGCGGCUGGAGACGAUCCAUCAGCUGGCAUCCAAACAGCCAGUUGCUUGCCGUAGGAGGAGAGAGGUUGGGCGAGUUACUUUUACUCGAUGUGAAGGAGAAGAAGCUCAUUCAGAAAAGAGUUCUGUCAACGGAUGCCUGUACAAGGGAAGAAGAACAUCGCAAGAUGAUGACACGCUUUGUGGGGGUGGGAAAAGUGCAGUUCGUUGACAAUGGACACAAACUUGCAGUCUGCACCUAUGGUGAUGGAAGUAUCGAACUUUACGAUAUUCAACAGGAAGUCAAAUGGAGGUUUCCUAGGGGUGGUACAGAUGACGGACCAGAAGCCCAUGAAUGGAGAGAUGACAGAGGCAAGGUUACAAGUAGAAUGGGUCGCGGCAUGGUUGUAUGGGAGGAUCGUUCAAAGGGUGUACUGCGACUGGCCAGUCUUGACUUUGAUGGUGUUCGCGUCUGGGACGUGCCACUGACUCUUUAG